UCUUUAGCAGCCCACAAGCACGUUCAUUUGUCAUCUCUAAUUUUAGUUAUUAAUAAUAACAAAAACAAACGAAAAUGCUCGAAAAUUGCCAAAGAUACCAUAUGGUACUGGGUCUGGGCGCCCUCACAGUCGUGACCAUACUGGUGCUCAUCAUAGAAUCCCGCUACGCAGCUGAAGGUCCUCGCAGGAGAGAGCAGCAGUUCCUGAUCGAAAACAAUUCGACUUGCUGGCGCCACGAACCGUAUACAGUGGUCCAGGAGUGUCAUCCUUGCUCGGAGUUCGACAUUGUGAGCCGGAGUUUGGGCGUCUGCAUACACACCCACUACAAGGAGUUGCUACGCUGCAAGAGCGGCGAAAUUGUGACCAAGAGCUGCGACCGUGUGGCCCUCAUCGAGCAGCACAACUUCAUCAAGUUCGAGUGUGCCUGCUUUGUGCUGGGCGUGCUUAGCUACCUCAUUGGCUAUGCCAGGGAUCGAGUGCUGUCCCGCAGAACCUACCUGAAGAUUGAACGACAGCUGAACCGGGUGCAGUAGCGCGGAGUAGUUGCCGCCGCUCCCGCUGCCGCCGCUGCCAAUUGAACGAUUGAUUGAUUGAUGAUACUCAGUGGAUGUGGGGAAGGUACAUACAUUAUUUAAUUUGUAGUAUUAAGUACAUUAUACACUUGAAAUACCUUGUUAAAA